ACAGGCAGGGCCGAUCGCCGAGCGACCCUCGUCAGGCUCGCUUCCCUGCCGACAACUUGCCGAACUCCUUCCGGCUGCCCGAAAGCUCCUCCUCCAGUUGCCGCCGAUCAAGACAAACAGGCACUGGGAUGCAGAUAAAGAUGUUGGUGAUUUUCCAGGUUGUUGCCAUGCUGGGAGCCACAGGAGCUCUGAAUUCCACUAGUCCGACUGCCAACAACACGGAUUCAAUAGGAUGGGGAGCUCUGAAUUCCACUAAACCGACUGCCAACAACACGGAUUCAAUAGGAUGGGGAGCUCUGAAUUCCACUAAACCGACUGCCAGCAACACGGAUUCAAAAGGAUGGGGGACCACUGAUUCAACCACUCUGACUACCAACACCAAAAGCCCACAGAAAAUUGCCCGCGUCUACCUGAUGAUGGGGCUCAGCAAUUGCUCGGGGAGAGUGGAGGUCGAGUACAACGGGACCUGGGGAACGGUUUGCGAUGAUCACUGGGGUAAAGACGAGGCCACCGUGGUGUGCAGGGAGCUGGGUUGUGGCGAUGCCAUGGUGGUUGUUAACUCCUCCGCCUUUGGGCUGAAGAAGGGGAAGAUCUGGCUGGACGACGUGAAUUGCACGGGGAGCGAGAACUUUCUGUCGGAGUGUGACCACCGACAGUGGGGCGAGAGUGACUGCUCUUACAAGGAGGACGCUGGGGUCAUCUGUGAACGCGAAGAUUUGGAAAAGCUGCAAAAAAUGUUGAACAAAUGUUCGGGGAAUUAUUACAGGACAAAAGGCGAGGAGAUAUGUAAAGAUCCGACUGGAUUCCGAUUAGCCGAUGGCCCUCAUCGCUGCCACGGUCGUGUGGAGAUUGAAUUGAAUGGGACAUGGGGGACCGUGUGUGAUGAUUUGUGGGACCCAAUGAGUACGAAGGUGGUCUGCGAACAGCUCCAGUGCGGGUCUCCAAUCAAUUUCUCCGGCGAAAAUGGGUCUCACGUUAAGGGCGACCCCUCGUCUCCAAUAUGGCUGAACGAAGUGCGAUGUCGUGGAACUGAGUCGGUGCUCUGGGGUUGCCGCUCCUCCUACUGGGGGGAGCUGGAAUGCCACCACAAGGAGGACGUCGAAGUGGUCUGCGAAUAUCGUUCUUUGAUUCAGAAACAAGCGUAUAAUCCAUUCCGAGAUGACUUAAUUCCUAUGGUUGCCAGCAUUAUUCUAGCCGUCCUACUCAUCAUUGUAUCCACUGCUCUGGCCUAUCAGAUCUACCAUAGGAAUGACCCGGUACCAGAUGAGAAAGGCGUCAGGCCGGUGAAUCCGCGGGAGUAUGGGAUUUAUGAAGACAUUGACUACGGACGGGUGAAGAGGCUGUCGAAGAUGUCCCACGUUUCAGAGGCCACAAACUCCAGCGCUUCCAUUAACAAACUUGACUACUAUGUUGACGAAGAUGAGGAGCUUGCAAGUCAUAACGAAGAUGUCCUCGCAGAAAGCUACGAUGACGUGGAGAACGGAAGUCUCCUGGAUAAGAAGGAAUAUUACGACGAUGUGGAGGGAGCGGAGGCCGGUGACAUUGAACUGAAGGUGAUGGGAGGAGGCGCUAAGGAGUACUACGAUGACGUGGCUCAGGACGAGGAUUCAGACGAGGCAACAGGACCCAGCAGUGACCCCACUGACCAGGCAGCGAAGGAGUAUUACGAUGACCUGGGCCAGGCAGGAUCAGUGAACGAAAGGGUUCAUGAUGAUGCUGAAACAGAGACAGAUAAAAAGCAGGGGAGUUAUGAAAAUGUUCCCAGUAUCUGCACAGGAUCUGCUCCAAAGACAAGGAAACCCGCAGCAGGGGUUCAUGAUGAUGCUGAAACAGAGACAGAUAAAAAGCAGGGGAGUUAUGAAAAUGUUCCCAGUAUCUGCACAGGAUCUGCUCCAAAGACAAGGAAACCCGCAGCAGGGGUUCAUGAUGAUGCUGAAACAGAGACAGAUAAAAAGCAGGGGAGUUAUGAAAAUGUUCCCAGUAUCUGCACAGGAUCUGCUCCAAAGACAAGGAAACCCGCAGCAGGGGUUCAUGAUGAUGCUGAAACAGAGACAGAUAAAAAGCAGGGGAGUUAUGAAAAUGUUCCCAGUAUCUGCACAGGAUCUGCUCCAAAGACAAGGAAACCCGCAGCAGGGGUUCAUGAUGAUGCUGAAACAGAGACAGAUAAAAAGCAGGGGAGUUAUGAAAAUGUUCCCAGUAUCUGCACAGGAUCUGCUCCAAAGACAAGGAAACCCGCAGCAGGGGAUUAUGACGAUGUUGGCACUGAGGCUGGUGAGAGUGAGUCUGGAUACGACAAUGUGGCUGACUGCACCUCUGGUCACCCUCGUACAGGACUCCGAGAUUAACGAGAAGCCUGGCCCCCAGAAACAUACCCAGCUCUGUAACCGAAACCCUCCAUCUCCUUCACAUCAGUCAACAUCUACAGACAGGAUGGCUAGACCCAGGGACCCAUAGGAUUCAAAUGGCU